AAUUAACCACAAACCCCAACUGUUACAAGUAAAUAUAAUGAUUCCUUUAAUUUUUCUUUCUUUUAUAUUAUAUAUUAAGUUAAAACCCAUCAUAGACCUAUAAACUAUAGUUAUAAUGACUUUAGUAUAUAUGUCUAUGCUAAAAACAAUAGUAAAAAGAUGAUACGAUACAAAAUAUAUAUAAAACACUGUUUUUAAUGAUAUAAAUUUUAAAAAAAUACGGUGGAUAAAAUACAAUAAUGUGCCAUUUCGUGGUUUUUAUAUUGUUGCCUGUUGGUAAAACAAUAAAACUUGGUAUAACUUUUAUGUUAGUCUAUUGAUUUGAUUUUGAGAUUGACGGUGGAAAUUGACUUAUUUCGCUAAUUCUUUUUUAUGUUGUUAUGGUUUUGACAAAUUAUAACAACAGGUCUACAACUAUUAUAUUCAAUUUUAACCAAUAGCGACCUUACAAUAAACAAAAAUAUAGUUUAUUUUCUUGCUGGACAGUGACACGUCAUUGUUGUUGUUUUAUUACAUCCAGAUUCCGUACUUUUUUGGUGGAUUUUACUAAAAUUGUAUUACAUAAGAACCUUCUCCUGCGACCAAUAGGAGCGAAUCAUCAGUGAAAAAUGUUACAAUGAACGGAGAAAAUAAAUAGAUUUCAGAUUCUCCGAUGAGGAAAAUAAUAUUGAAAAUCAAAUACACAAAGACAACAAAGUAAGUAUUUUUACUUAAAUAUAAUAUAUUAAUCACUUUCUAAGUUGAUACUUAUUUAUUAUUUUAUUAUUAAAUUCUAACCAUUCAUUAUUAUAUUAGCUGUAUUAAUAUAUCGAUUGAUUUUAUGUAUUGUGUAAUUUUUAAGAAUAAGAAACUCCAUAAUAUGUAAAAGCUGUUAAAAUGUCAAAUUCGUACAUGCGACUAAAGAUGAUGAAAGUGAAGUGGAAGAUGUCCCUUCUAUAAUAGUAAAAUCUUUUAACGGAGGGAGAAUACAGAUAUUUGUAUUAUACCGAUUAUGAUUAACCCUACCGAUUAUGAUAAACCCUACCCAGUGGCGCCGAACCCUAUAUUGAGGUCGGGCCUUGGCCCGACAUCUUUUGAAAAUUUAGCAUGGGGCCGCUGCAUAUUGGGCCGAAGUUUAUCUGCCAAAUCGUAUGAAAAUUGAAAACUCCUUUACAAAAUUAAAGCCUACAUUGCCUACUAUUCUAAUGUCUCUUAACUACAAUAUUUUGUUCAUUUAUUGUGUGCACUGUGCACUAAAAUUUUAAUAUAUUAUGUAGACAUUUAACCAGCUAUAUUUACUUGAAUGCAGAAUGGUUAUUGGUUAGUGCAUACGGUAGUGAUGUCGUACGCGAUCUACCCAAAUAGGCGAUCUACCGGUUAUUCCGAAUUUCCAAAUUUCCAAAUUAUCUUGAUAAUUUACUACUAUUUAUUUGUACGUUUUAUGACUUCCCUUUUAUAGUUCAAUUAAUACGAUAAGAUAAAAUAUACGAUAGCCUGACGUCCACACACAUCGCCGUCACCAACUCGCCACAAUCGCCGUCUCUACUCGUUAGACAAUAGUAAAUAAUAUUUCAUUAUGAGUUCAAGAAUCGGACAUUUCUAUCGUAAUAUUAUUUGUGACGAACAAACAUGUGUGAAUUAUUUAAAAAGCAAACAGUUUAACAGUUGUUACCUCAAAGGCUCAAAAUGAAGAAAAUCGUUUAACGUGCAAUAAAGUGAGAGAAGGCGUCAGCUGUGGUGGAGAUAUUAUUAUGAUAUUAUAUUUUUACAAUAAUAAUUAUUUUUUUAUGAGCAUCAUUAUCAAGUAAGAUAUAAAAAAAAUCAUAGACCUUAUACUAUAGUAUAAGGUCUAUGAAAAAAAUACGGAAAUUAAAUACUAUUUUUAGUGGAUUUGGGUAGAUCGCGCACUACUUAACAAGUUUGGUAGAUCGCGUACGACAUCACUACCGUGCAUACAAAUAAUUAAGAUUUGAGAAAAUAGUUAUUACCUACUUAUUAUUGUAGAUUUUUAUAAAUAAUACCUAAAUAAUAAAUACUUAUACGGCUACGCAUGAGCGUCAAACCAAUACGUGAACAGUACACGUGAUAUUAUGUCGUUGCCUGUUGGUGGUAUGGUUGAUGGUCGGUUUAUUGAUAGCGCGAUGAUGGGCGGCAGGGAGGAGGGUAAACGAAUAUCUAAAAUAGUCGCUAUUAAUAAAUUAUUAUUAUUUACUGAUGUUGGAUUAUUGUCAUUUUGUAAUGCUGUAUUGGCGUAUUACUGUGCGUCAACGACACUCAGUGUUACUACAGUGUAACAACGCAAGCGCAAGUUCGUAACGACUAACGAGUACGAGACACGAGUUACAAAAAACUUAAAAGUUAAUAGGAUUUGGUAUUAUCAUAAAGAAUAUAUUAUAUUCAUACAGUUAUUAUAUUUUUAAAUUCAAAUCAACAUGAAUAAAAAUAAAAGCAAAGGUGGAGCAGAAAAAUUACGGCUAAAACGGAUCGCAGAAUUUAAAGCUGCAGGAAAUGAUCCUAAACAGAAAAAAUUGUCAUUUGGUCUCCACUCAACCUCAAAAACAGGUAAUUAAGUUUCUAUAUUAAUUAUUGUGAAUUGUGGUAUUGGUGGUUUUUAAAUAUUAUGUUAAUAAGAAUUGGUAUUUUUAUGUUCAGAACAAUAGAGCAUAUUGAUAUAAUACCUAUUCACUUUAAUCAUUUUUUUUUUAAAUUAAAAAUAUUUUUAAAACAAAAUCUUUGUGGAUAUACAUUAUUCUUCUUUUAAUUUGUAAAUAAAUAAAUAUAAAAUGUACUAUGUAGACUGUUUGAUACCUACUUCUUGCAUUCUUGAAUUACAUACAAAAUUAAAGUAAAAUACAGUAAAAUUUCAAUCAGUUGUGAGAAGUAGUAACGAUUUUCUUGAAUUUGUUUUUUAUAUCCAUCUGAUAACUGACUUACAACUGAUCCUUGUAAUUUUGAACUUUUAUAGCUUUCAAAUUUUGAUUUACCUAUAAUAUGGUAUUUUCGGGUAGAUGUAAUUUCAAUUUUUCAUUUGUCUAAUAAUUUGAACCUUAAUUAAAAUAAAAUUAUUACAACAGUCAACAAAUAUUCAUAUUUCAUAUAUUUCUAUCUCUAAUUAGAAGUAAUAACCAGUUGGUAGUUAUUGAAGAACAAUUAAAUUAAGUAUAACAAAACUAUUAUGCAUAAAAUAUAAUACAUUUCUCCAAUUUUGAAAGCCUUUCUCUGUGAAAGUGUCUUGACAAUUAUUUCCCAACCAAAUUAAUAAACAUUUAUGUUUUAACAGAUGAAAGUGUAUUGUCCUUUUCUAUAAAUAAAGAAUUAGAUUCUCCAAACAUUAUAGAAACAGAGUCCAAUAGUAAUCAACAUUUAACCAAUCAACCACAACUCCAAUGUCCUCAACACUCAGCUUUAGAUACGGUUUGCACAUGCAAUAUUAUAAUUUGAAAAUUAAACUAUUAUAAUAAGCAAUAACUUUUAGGAAUGCAAUCCAGACAUUUUGUCAGUUGAACAAGAAGUUUUACCAUCAGAAAAUGAUAAUAUGGAUGUUACACCCAUUGGAAUAUCGUCAACGUUAGAAUCGGUACAUUAAAAAGUUAAAUUAAAUUAAUUACAUUUUUCAAAAAUAUUUUAUAAUCUAUACUUAAUGGAAAAUAUUAAAAAUGUCCAAAACUUUUGUUAGAUUUCACUCUAGAUGAUUAUUUAUCUACACACAUGUUGAAUGUUUAUGCCUGUUUUUAUGUUAAUAUAUUUUUAUAUACAAUAUAUUUUUUCAGAGUGAUAGUUCUUCAACCAAAGAAAAUGAAUACCAAUUAUUAACUGAAAAUUCUAGAUGGAAAAAUGACCCUGCAAAUUUUAAACAUAUCAAACAAUUAACUCCUGAGUUGAGAAAUAUGAUUUUAGAAUGGGGACCUUGUCAACCUAAGGAACAUGAAUUGCCUAAUAAUGAAUAUCCAAAAGACAGCUCCAAAAGAAGUUUUCAUUCAUCUUGGUAUUCAAGGAAAUUAUUAGAUAGUACAUUUGAACAACGUAACUGGCUUACAUAUUCUCCAAAAUUAAACAAAGUGUUCUGUUUGUAUUGCAUAAUUUAUGGAAAUAAUUCAAAUGAUGCCUGGGUGAAAUAUGGUUUUAAUCAUUGGAAAAAUGGUCAUAUGGCUUUAAUUAAACAUGAAACAACCUCAGCUCAUAUAAUGUCAUCAUUAAAAGUUAAACUAAAAGCAUGUUGUUUACCACUCUUACCGUCAUUAGUAGAAGAACACAAUAAACAAGUAUCCUUUAAUAGAGAAUUGGUAAAACAACUAAUUGAAAUAACCAUAUUUUUAGGACAACACAAUCAUUCCUUCAGAGGUCACAAUGAAAAUUGGAAAAAUAACACUACAGGAAAUUUUAAAGAUAUGGUUGUCUUACUGAGUAAACAUUCUCCUAUAUUGUCAGUACACAUAGACCAACUCAAAAGUAAAGGCAAAAAAGAAAAUUCUUUUAUAUCAUGGGACCGACAAAACCUGUUAAUAGAGUCUAUUUCAGAAUACAUAUUAUCGACUAUUAGAUCACAAAUAUUAUCAGCUCGUUAUUUUAGUAUUAGUACUGAUUCCACAUUUGACAUUUCACACAAGGAACAACUAUCAUUUGUAGUCAGGUAUUUAUUCAAUUCCAAUAUAUGUGAAAGGCUAAUUGCAUUAUCUGAAUCAUCAAAUACUACAGGUCAAUCACUUUUUGAACUUUUUAAAUCAGUUAUGGAAAAAAAUGGAUUAGAUUGGAAUCAACAUUUAAUUGGACAGUCAUAUGAUGGUGCAGCGAACAUGAGAGGACCAUAUAGUGGACUUCAAGCACAUAUUAUCAAAGAAAACCCAAAAGCUCUUUAUGUUUGGUGCCAUGCACAUAGAUUCAAUUUAAUAGUGUUAUCUGCCGUUGGCUGCUGUAAAGAAGCAGUCGAUUUAUUUGGUAACAUGGAAAAACUAUAUUCUUUUAUUGUGGGUAGUAAAAAGAGAUCAGAUAUUUACAGAAAAAAUCAAAGUGAAUUGUAUCCAAAGAAACAAUUAAAGGCAAUCAAAAGAGUCGGAACUACUAGGUGGAUGUCCAACUCGUUUGCUCUAUCUACAGUUCUUGAAACAUUAGAAGCAAUUUUAGAUAUGCUUGAACAAGUAAAAAAUGUUGAAGGCCCAGUUGAUUUUAAAACUGGUAGUGAAUGUAAUGGGUUACAAUCAUAUUUUCAGUCAUCACGUUUCAUACUAACUGCGUUUAUAUUUAAACAUAUCUUUGAAGUCAUGGAACCUUUAAGUAAAAUACUUCAAUCUCGUGAUUUAGACUUAUUGACAGCAGUGAAUUAUUUAAAAAAGGUUGAACAAAAAAUAACAAUGAUGCGUACUGAUGAAAAAUUUAAUACUAUUUUUGAGGAAGCAAAACAAUAUUCCAAAGAACAUUUUGGUGAUUUUAAUAUGAAUAAUUUAAUGUCAUUUAGAAAUCGAAAAAGAAAUGUAGUUCGGCGAUCAGGUGAACUCUGCAUAGAUCAAUCCAUUCAAGAUUCUAAACAAUACUAUAAAAUAUCAGUUUUUUUUUCUAGUAAUUGAUAUUAUUCUUCAACAACUUAGC